CUAUGAGAACACUCUGUAUUCUUUUCUCUUUAAUUUAACAUAACCUUAUUCUACGAGAUUGAGAACAUUAUUUUUUUUUGUAAAUUAGUAAAUAAUCAAGAUAAUUACUUAACACUAAUUUCAUUUAAACAUGAAUAUUUCUUUAAUAAAAACAGUUCCAACGGUUUUACUUCAUGAACAACCUCUUUUAAAAGCUCUUGGCGUUACAUUAUGUAAUCAAAGAUAUGCUAGUAAAAAAACUAGUGGUAGCACAAAGAAUCAGAAAGGCCAUGGACGACCAAAACAUAGGGGAUGGAAACGACAAGAUGGUCAUUGGGUUGAAGCUGGAACCAUAUUAGCCACACAAUUAAAUCUUCGAUUUCAUCCUGGUUUAAAUGUGGGAUUUGGAAAAAAUGGUACUCUUUUCGCAAUGGUACCUGGUCGCGUAAUGGUUACAUGCGAAAAAACUGACCUGAAUUGGGAUCAUACAUGGGUACAACGUUGUUAUGCUGGACGUGAAAAUCAACCAAUCUAUAAAAAAUACUUUAAUGUUAUACCAGAAGCACAACAUCAAAACUUUAAAUUAAUUGAUCAAAUAUAAUUAUUAAAAAAAUA